UUCUCAUGCGCCGCAACAACAUCCGAACGUGGAGGACGUCAAGCAUGGACCACCUUCAUGGAAGAUUUAUCCUUGUUCAUAUAUUAACUUACUGUGUCAUUUCAGCCGAAAAGGCGUGUCCGGGCUUCUCGUGUGUAGGGGGCGGUUGUGUGUCCAGCACCUCUCUCUGUGACGGCUCUCCGGACUGUCCCGACGGCUCCGAUGAGUCGCAGCACAAUUGUGGAGGGCGUCGUUGUCAAGGCGACGAGUUUGCGUGCGGCGGCGGUCGCUGCGUCCCCCUGCGCCACCGCUGCGACGGCGCCGACCACUGCGGCGACGGCAGCGACGAGGCCUCCUGUCUCAACUGCACCUUGGACGCCUUCCGCUGCCCGCCGUCGGGGCCCUGCCUGCCCCGCGCCAAGCUGUGCGACGGACGGCCCGACUGCCCGGACGGGCGGGACGAGGGCGGCGUCUUGUGUCAUGCCCCGCCCCUCUCUUCGUCGUCGUCUUCUUCUUCUUCCUCUUCUUCAUCUUCAUCCCCUGCCAUCGCUUCGUGCGGCUCCUCAGAGUACGGAUGCGGCGACGGGUCGUGUGUGCCGUUGUCGUGGCGAUGCGACCGCUCCCCGGACUGCUGGGACGGUGCCGACGAACGGGACUGCGAUCAAGACGAGUGUGCGGUGGCCAACGGCGGCUGCUCCCACCAGUGCUUGGACCUGCCCAUGGGCUUCAUGUGUGCUUGCCCCAGCGGGAUGAGGUUGCUGCGGGACAACCAGUGUGAAGAAAUAGACCCGUGCCUGGAGCACGACCUCUGUGACCAGCUGUGUGUCUCCACCCGGGUUGGUGGAUCGGGGUGUGGGUGCAACGCCGGCUACCAGCUGGGCCCAGGAGCCGGGCAGUGCAGAGCCAACGGUGUCACGGCCCGGCUACUCUUAAGCACCUCCGAGGACGUCCGGUCGAUCGCGGUCCGCGGCAGGGCGGACAGAGACCGGACCAUGCGUACAACUAGCCCCGGCGCCAUGGCAACCUGUGUUGCUACGAACACACUCUACUGGGCACCGCAAGCAAAGGGAUCCAUAUUCCGGGUCUCCAUGGACACCUCCCCGUGGACCCCCAUCCUGGUCCUGAGAGGUCAGGGGUCGGUGUCGGCCCUGGCUGUCGAUUGGAUCCACCGGCAGCUUUACUGGAGCGACCAGCAGAAUGGGUCCGUCACUGUGGGGGCCCUGGACGGCCCGGAGCCACGGCCGCUCAUCGGGGGCCUUCGGCGGCCCACUGCCCUGGCGGUGGAGCCCUUCCUCGGACUUCUCUUCUGGGCAGAGAGCGGCGUCUUCCCCAAAAUCAGGAGAGCAGGCUUGGAUGGCCAAGACGUGGUGACCCUGGUGGCUUCCUCCAUCUCCAACCCGGUGGCUAUCUCCCUAGAUGUGCCCCGCCAACUGCUGUUCUGGGCGGACCAGGGCGCCCGGAGUGUCUCCCGCGUCGACCUGGCGGGCAGACACCGCAAGACCGUGCUGAAGGCCAAUGGCUACAUGGACCAGCUCUCUGGCCUGGCCGUGUUCGAGGGGCAGGUGUACUGGUCAGACAGAGGGAGUCGCUCCGUCUGCAGCAGGGACAAACACAACGGCAGCUCCUUCAGAGUGCUGCUGCAGACCUCCACUCCACCGGGGGCCCUGGUGGUCACCCACCCCCUCCUACAACCAACCGGCGUGCCGGUGGUCCCUCAAAGCCCAGCGGCGGAGGUGUUGCCUGACGCGACCUUCGCCUGGAUCCUUUCGCUCAUUGUGUUCCUGUGUGCGCUGCUGCUGGGCCUGAUGGCGUGCUGGUGGUGGAGGGUGGAGCUGAGGCCCCCAAGGACCCUCCAGCUGCAGACCGUGCUCCAUAAGGAGUCCCUGGACCCCCUCCUACAUGGAGCCCCCCUGGCCCCACACACAGGCACUGUCAAGGAGACGCUGUUCAAGGUGGACCAGGACACGGACUGACCUCGCCCGACGGCGGGUCGGGCGAAGCCCAUCCGGCCCCCACCCAGACGGAUCUCCUCCCCCCCCCCCCCCAGAGCACCUUCAGCUCAGCUCAAGAGCUCAACCCGGAGAGAUCUCCUCUGCCAGGCAGGGCGUAGGGUGGGCAGUUGUCUGUGUGUUCUUUGGUCCCUGUAUUAACCAAGCCCCUGGUUUGGAGGAAGAGACAAUGCAGGCCAGGGGUCACUGCCUAUCGUGGGGGAGAUGGGGGAGAGUCGCUCCGAAACGUACCCCAUUUCCUCUGCUUCCUUCCCCCCCCCCCCCCCCCCCCAACCUCCCAUGAACGUCGGCCAGUUGCCACCUCUGCUGGCGCUGAAGCACCAAGGUCAGUGAUGUGAUCUGUAGUGGCUGGCACUCCCGCUGGGAUAAGUCCUUCCUCUGUGUGGCACACUGUGCUGUACUUAUAGCCCUGUCUAGCCUGCUGCGCGCCAAAUCCUGCUGGCUACCUUCCAUGGUUGGGGAUUUAGGUCCAACGCCCGGACAUAGGAUAUAAACUGAUCUAUAUCGAGAAAAGUUCUUAUUUCUAUUUAUUUUUGCACUUAAACAGCCUUUAGUGGAGUAUUGGUUAACCUUUAUGGCCUAAUAGAUUGCUUUUUACUUUUUAGUUCAGUCCAAUUGAUUAGCUGACAGUCAAGGUUCUAGCUACAGUCUGAGUCGUUGUAAGGCUUUCCACCCAAGCACUGGCCUUCCACGACCUGCCUGCAGCAAUAAUCUAUGCAUUCGUUAACACUUGAAACGGUACACAACGCCUCGAUGCCUUCCACUCCCACCCCAAGGUUGAACAGUGAGGUACAACAGGCUGGUUAACUAGUAUUGAUGCAAAUCUUCCAUUUAUCUGUUGUGUCUGAUGUGUGUCAUGGAGUCUUAUGGGCUGAGACGUAACGUAGUGUAUAUAUUACAAGAGGAAGAUCUUUAUUUAUGUUUUUUAGUCCAUCGCAAGAUGAUGGUGUUGAAGACCCUUUAAGAGUUUUAUGUUAUGUUAUUAAAAUGAAAGGGGAUUGGUUGGUUUAGGCACAAUGCAUUUUUUUAUUUUAAGGAAUGUCCCCUUUUUGAAAAGAUUAGCCAAUAUCUUGUAUUUUCUGGGAUUGCAACCUGUGCUUUUGUACUUUGACUUCCGCUGAGGGUUGUAGUAGCUGCGGGCUAGAGAGCUGAUUGUUAAGUUAGCUAUUUAUUUGUCCGUGUUGGGUUGGUUUAUUUAUUUUGGGUGGCAUUGGCUCUCCUAUGACUUUGCAGUGUUAACCAGAGCUAGGGUUUAGACUACAUGGUGUAAUAAAGUGGUUUGAUUUGGA